AUGGUUCAUCAUGAAUGUGAAUUUCAAAGUAUAUUAUGUACCAUUAACUGUAGUGAUAGAAAGUUUAAGAACAUCAAGUUCAAAGAUGGGACUAGAUGUUAAAUUAUAGAGAUAUGAUAUACACAAAUAAAAAAUUACAUUAAAAUUUUUCAUCUAGAUAUUAUAAUAUUACUAAAGAAUAUAUAAAUAAAAUGAUUAAUAUCAACAUUUGAAUACUAAACUCAAAUUUAGAGUGAAACUAAUAAGUGAUAUCAUAAGAAGUUGAUCAAAAUUUAGAAAACAACCAGAGGGAGAGUUAAAUCAAUUGGUUAUCCCUGGACAAAUUAGGAAAGUAAGAAACUUAAUUGAUUAAUCAAUUCACUUUUUUAGAAACUAAAAGAUAAUCCUGAGGCUUUAAAGACAUUACAUACUAGAUUGCAUAACACUAAAAUGUUUAUAGAUGAGAUCUAGAUGGAAUGAAAUUUAGAUCCUGAUUCACUCAAAUAAUGGGGAGAACGAUUAAAUCUAUUACUGA